AUGGCCGCCCUCCCUGAGGCAGCUAUCCUUUGGGGAAAACUCAACCAGCCCAUCGUCGGAGCCAUGUGGCCGGCCUCCCUGAAGAAGCUAUCGUUUGGGAAAAAACUCAACCAGCCUAUCGCCGACGUCGUGUGGGCGGCCUCCCUGCAGCAGUUAUCCUUUACAUGGUCCUUCAACCAGCCCAUCGCGGGAGCCACGUGGGCGCCCUCCCUGAAGAAGCUAUUGUUGGGCGGUAGGUUCAAUCAACCUAUCGCCGACGUCGUGUGGCCGCCCUCCCUGGAGCAGCUAUCGUUUGGGUUCAAUCAGCCUAUCUCCGACGUCGUGUGGCCGGUCUCCCUGAAGCAGCUAUCCUUUGGGAAAAUAUUCAACCAGCCUACCGUCGGAGUCACGUGGCCGGUCUCCCUGAAGCAGCUAUCCUUUGGGAAAAUAUUCAACCAGCCUACCGUCGGAGUCACGUGGCCGGUCUCCCUGAAGCAGCUAUCCUUUGGGAAAAUAUUCAACCAGCCUACCGUCGGAGUCACGUGGCCGGUCUCCCUGAAGCAGCUAUCCUUUGGAAAUGAAUUCAACCAGCCCGUUGCCGAAGCCGCGUGGCCGGUCUCCCUGAAUCAGCUGUCGUUUGGACGUAGAAUCAACCAGCCCAUCGUCGGAUCCACGUUGCCGGUCUCCUUGAAGCAGCUAUCCUUUGGGCAUAUGUUCAACCAGCAGGUGGCGGAGAUUGGGUGGCCGGCCUGCCUUCAGCAGCUAUCCUUUGGGAAAAUAUAUAACCAGCCUACCGUCGGAGUCACGUGGCCGGUCUCCCUGAAGCAGCUAUCCUUUGGAAAUGAAUUCAACCAGCCCGUUGCCGAAGCCGCGUGGCCGGUCUCCCUGAAUCAGCUGUCGUUUGGACGUAGAAUCAACCAGCCCAUCGUCGGAUCCACGUUGCCGGUCUCCUUGAAGCAGCUAUCCUUUGGGCAUAUGUUCAACCAGCAGGUGGCGGAGAUUGGGUGGCCGGCCUGCCUUCAGCAGCUAUCCUUUGGGAAAAUAUAUAACCAGCCUACCGUCGGAGUCACGUGGCCGGUCUCCCUGAAGCAGCUAUCGUUUGGACAUGAAUUCAACCAGCCCGUCGCCGAAGCCGCGUGGCCGGUCUCCCUGAAUCAGCUGUCGUUUGGACGUAGAAUCAACCAGCCCAUCGUCGGAUCCACGCUGCCGGUCUCCUUGAAGCAGUUAUCCUUCGGGAAUAAACUCACCCAGCCUAUCGUCGGAGCAACGUGGCCGGUCUCCCUGCAGCAGCUAUUGUUUGGGCACGAACCCAACCAGCCUGUCGCCCACGUCGCGUGGCCGGCCUCCCUGCAGCAGCUAUCCAUUGGGAAAAUUUUCAACCAGCCUAUCGUUGGAGCCACGUGGCCGCAGCUACCCUUUGGGAACAAAUUCGACCAGCCUAUCGCGGACGUCUUCUGGCCGGCCUCUCUGCGGCAGCUAUCCUUUGGGGAAAAAUUCAACCAGCCCGUCGUCGGAGCCAGGUGGUCGGCCUCCCUGAAGCAGCUGACGUUUGGAGAUGAAUUCAACCAGCCCAUCGUAGACGUCGUGUGGCCGUCCUCCCUGAAAAGGCUAUCUUUCGAGCGUAGUUUCGAGCAAUCGUUGGCCGACGUCUUAUGGCCACCUUCCUUAGCAAGUGUGACUCAUGACGGGCGCCCUCUGCUAUGGACGCUUGCGAGGUAG